UCAGUCAACAUUUUGAAAUUUUAAAUAUUAGUGCUUUACCCUCUCUAUCAUGUAUUUGUUCAUUUGUUGUUUAUACUCGUAGUUUGAAUGUGGUGUCUGUUUGGAACUGCUCGGUUUUAGAAAAUGUUUUCAAGCGAGUUUUUAUAUAUGUGCCAUGCUGGUAAAUGAAUGAAAAAGAAGCAUGUCUUUGCCAGUCAUUCAAAAUGUAUUUGAAUUAAAAUGCUUAUUAGAAAAUAUUAAUAUAAAAUUGUGUGCCUACUGCGAAAGCGGCGUUAAACAAAUAUUAGCACUGAUAACAAGUGACAAUGAAAUAGUAUUAUAUUAUUGCUAUGGGGAACUACCCCCUACUGUAAAAAGAAUCCCUUGGUUCUCAGACAGCCACAAACAAAUUCAAGCCAUUUGCUUUGAUGCUUCAGCAACUUGGUUAUUAAUAGUUUCCCUUGAUGGCUCUCUACACAUACUACCGGCUUUAAAUAUAGUAGACAAUAAACAAAAAAUAGAUUGCAAAUGGUCCUUAAGUGACAUUACCCAAUUCCAUAACACUUCACAAAUAUGCAGUGUUAGGCCAACUAGCUGUGUGUGGUGGCAGACUUUAGAUUGUAAUCAAAAUGCUUUAGUUGGUUAUGAAAAUGGAGCUAUUGUUUUAUUCAGUUUAACUGAUGGUAGAUGUUUAGGAACCUGUAGCAUUCCAGAACCUGUUAAAAAAUUGUUCCUGUGUCAAGAUAAUACCCUAGAAACUGUUUCUUUACUGAUAAAUAGUAAAGAUGACCAUCAGUGGCGCUUAAUAUUGGAACACCAUUCAGUGGGAUAUUUAUGGCCACCUGAAUCCAAUAUCAACACAGAUGAUUCUUCAAAGUCCAAAUUCAACAGCUUAAAGCAGUUAGGUGUAGAUAAAUUCUCUUCACUUAGACAGCGCUUUGCAGAAGUUAGAGGGAAUCGCAAAGAUAGUCAAAGUGACACCGCCAGUGAGUCGUCACACUCUGAAUCAAAUCAUUCCAUUUAUUCAGGACCAGAGUUGUUGCCUCACUUAUGUGACACAUAUUUUGCACCACAGUAUGCAAGGAAACGAUAUCUGUUUUCUGCAUUAUAUAAACCUACAAGCUUACUAACAAUUCAUGUUGCUGAUAUAGAGACUGCACCUUUAUAUGUGUAUAAGUUGAUACCAAAAACUAAAACCUUAAUUUUAACAGACAAAUUGAUUUUUGCGGUUAGUGAGGACAAUACAAUAUCAGUUAUAAGCUGUCAAUUAUCAGAGAGUAGAUUGGAAGGCGAUGCUGAAUUUAAUGAUGAAGCCUUGGUUCAGCAAUUUUCAGUAAAUGAUGCCAUUAUAGAGGUUUUUAAAGUAGCUGACUUGUCUGCAGUAAAUUCUUAUAAAAAUUAUUUGGAAAAUAGGGACCCAAACAUUCAAUUGCCAAAGAAGGCCACCGAUAUUAAUUAUCCCAGAUUAAGAAUAGACACCUGUCUAGUGGUUACUGACAGUGCCGUUUUCAAAUUACACAUCAGGAGUUCUCCAGUACAGAAGUUCCUGUACUAUGUGACCGAAGAAAAUGACCUAGAAAAGGCUGAAAAAUUAUCUAUGAUAUUUGGAUUAAAUCUACAAGAACUUCUUGAAUUAUGUGGAGAUUUGAUGAUUUCCAGGGGUUCUUUCCAUUCUGGAAUUAUUUUAUACAAACAAGCAAAGGUGCAUCUUCUUAAAAGGGUUUUGAAGCUCGCGAUUUCUGCCGACUGUAAAACAUUACUUAAAUUUGUACACUUAUGUUUAAGUGCCAGUAAAGUGGAUAUGUCGAUUACUACUAAAAUUCAUAUUGGAAAUGUAGCUGUUUUGGCUUAUACUGAACUGAUAUUGAGGUCUAAUGGUCAGACAAAAGUUUCUAAUACCAAAGAUUUCAUGAAGUUUCUGUAUUACGAAUCUCACUAUGAUCAAAUAUUGGCUGUGAAUGUCGCUUGUCAAGCUGGCCAAUGGAAUGUGAUGACUUUGUUGGCAAAAUCAAAAGGAUUGCAACCCGAGGUCAUAACAGCAAUUGGAAAAAUAUUGCAAGGUGGCAAGGCUCCAAAACCUGAUGAUGUUGAGUUUCUUUAUGCAUUAUCUGAGCCGAGUUUGACCCAAGGUUUGUUGGUAUUGCCGCAAUGGUCCCAGAUAAUAUUUUGCUACAUUCGUAUGAACUUAGACGGCUUUCCAAUUGAAAUUUUGAAGAGACUGGCAGCACAAUUGGAUCCUAGUCAACCCAGUGCCAUAGCUUUAGUUAAUGCCAUAUUUAAGACGACUAAAAGUAAUUCUAGUUUAGACACUAGCAAUGAGUAUUCAGAUUUUGAACCCUCAGAUAGCUACUGUGUUACAGCAAGAGACUUGGUAGAGACAUUUCUUUAUGUCAUAAUUUUUUUGAUUGCAAAGCAAGACAACAAUAGUUUCGAGUUAAGCUUGUUGGAAGAUGUGCCUGAUAAAAUUUCUGAAGAUAUUUCUGUGAUCAAAAAUUUUCCAGAUUUGAGAUUAUUGAGUUGUGGUUAUGAACAUGCUGCUGUUAUUAGGAACACUUCAGUUUACACUAUGGGUGUAUCAAGUGCUGGCUGUUUGGGUAUGGGUCCAUUGCUUACCCACACCAGUCCUCCUCGACUUGUCAACACCCUGCGCGACUUAAAAGUUAUAGCUUUGUCAAUUAGUUGUGGUCGCAAACACACUAUAUGUGCUGCAGAUUGUGGGGUGUAUGCUUGGGGAUCAAAUGUCUAUGGGCAACUUGGUCUCGGCAAUCAUGUUUAUGAAAGUCCUUAUCCACAAAUUUUAACUGCACUGUCGUCUGUCAAAGUGAUUGAUAUUUCUGCUGGCCAGUACCAUAGCAUUGCUCUGACCUCUGACGGCAAAGUAUACACUUGGGGUUGGGGUAUUCACGGACAAUUGGGACAUGGAAAUUGUGAUACUGAGUUUUUACCCAAGUUAUUAGAUUUUGAUCAACCCGCUAAACAGGUUGCCGCAGGUCAUGCGCAUAGUUUGAUAUUAACUUGUGAUGGAAAAUUGUAUGGUUUUGGUUCAAAUGUAUUUGGGCAACUCGAGAAUUCUCAAAUUAAGACUAAAAAAAGCACCACACCAAUUUGGAUAUUGCUAAUGCCUGAUAUGUAUACUCCUGUAGAAAAAAUUGCAACUUCGUACUUUCAUAAUAUUGCAGUAACAUCAGACCAAAAAGUUUACACUUGGGGUGCGAGCCCUGAAGAAGUAAGAAUAGCCCAGUCAAAAUUAAAUCAAAAACAAAAUGGUCUCGGUUCUUUAAAACUGUCAACUCCCUGGCGGUCGUGCGUCAAUGUUUAUACCGGCCAUACUUCAAAACCAAUCAAGCAAGUUGCCAUAGGUUACCGCCAAACCACUAUACUAGAUAAUGGAAGAAUAUGGUGGGGAAAAAAUAAGGAGGAAGAACUGACGCAACCUCAUAUCAGAGAUCAAAUUUAUAUGAACAAUGUUUUUACACAAAAAUUUUGGCAUGUCUCGUGUGGAUUCGACUACACAAUGGCAAUCGAUCAUACUGGGCAGGUACUUGCCUGGGGCAGUCCUUCAAUGAUACAGACAAUAUUAGGAUCAACAUCUGAGAGCGAUAGAAAAAAAAUUGAGGGAAAAUUAAUGUUAUUAAGAAACACGAAAAGAGUUGUCAAAUUCCCCAACUUGACCUCUAAUUCUGAGCUCUACCCCGUAGAAAUAUCUGUUCUGCCAUCCUUAGCAUUCACAUUCAACCAAACGAAUCCCAAAUUGUUACUUUCACAUAAAAUUACGCCAUACUUUGUAAUGGCGGUUGAGAAUAAUGACGAAAUAUUUUUGCGAAGAGUUGCAGUAAAAAAUGGCAAACAGGAUUUUCAACACAUAUAUGAUGUUCCCGACAUUCAUGUUGGACAGAAGACAUUACACUACACCUUACAGACAUUUUUUGGCUUUUUUGAUGUCGAAAACGUAAUUAUACAGUGCGUAAAUGUAAAUAACUAUCAGGCGGCCAGCAAAAUAUCAUUCCUCGAUGGCCAUUUUGGAGAUAGUUUCGGAUUUAUAUUGGAUGCUUUCAAGAAACAUCUUGAAAAGUUAAAUGUGAACCUGCAAUCUAUGUUCUUGUGCAAGGACUCUUAUGAUAUGAAGGAGAAAGAGCAAGGAGUCGAAAUCAUAAUAAGAAAUAUGAAAGAAAAGCAAGAACACAGCAGUUGUAGUUCUCCAGCACAAAUGCUUAGUUCAAGCUCAUCACUGGACAGCUUGAGGCAGUUUGGAGAUGAAGGAGGCUGCGAGAGUCCUUGUGAAUUGGGCGAUAUUCGUCAAAACAUUACAAACUAUGUUCAGUCCUUAAAAAAGUCUGAUUCAUCCCCUCUUCGAGAGGUGCCUAAUAGUUUGUCUGAAAAUGAUAGAAACAUUAAUAAACUGCAAAGUGUGAGGAAGCAUCACCAUAUAAAAGUCAAAGAUAAAACUGCCAAAGAAAUAAUAGACGCGGCUUCAUAUUUGGUAGAAUUUUACAUAAAAAGUAUUUAUAUUUCCGAAAAUCACAUUUUAAUGCAAAACAUACUACUCAGAUGUAUCGAAUUUUGGUUGUCCCAUAAUUUACCGGUUCCAAUUUUAGAAGAUAUACUCUUAAAAAAUCUGGAUAAGUACUUUUAUCCGUUAUCAAUACUGUUAUUUUGCAAGAAUUUUUAUAGCGAUGAAGACUUGACGAAAGAUGAACACCUCAUCGAGCCGAGUUCAUCUGGUUUUCUAAAGGAGUUUUCAACCAAGUUUUGCCUUCAGCUUUGUUCUAUGGUAUUAGAAAAUUCAAAUAAAUCAUAAUGAAUAUGUUUUAAUAUUUUUAAAUUAGUCGCCAUGAUCUCUUUUGUAAUAUAAGUGCUGAAUAAUUUAUAUAAUGUUUCACUAAUUUUUGGGUUGAGGUUGUUCGAUAAUAUCAAAACUGCUUAAAUUUUUAAAAAUUUAAAGAUUUCUUUAAAUAUUCUAUACAUAUAUGUUAUAUAUAAGAUAUACAGGUUGUUUCAAAACAAAUGCAAUAACCUUAAGGGGGUGAUUCCCUGUUUAAUUAUUUUUUCUAUUUUAUGUGUUAUUUUGAAACUUUUCUCCUGUAAUUUUUUUAUAAUACUUGCCGUUUCCGAAUAAAAAAAUAAAAGCUAAAAUCUAGUGCAUUUACUGUCAAUUCUUAACGCCUUUCUUAUCACUUAGUUUGAAUACAAAAUACUACUAAUGGCAAGACUUUUUUUUCCUGGGGCGUCUUGCUUAUUUGUUGAGUUUUGUUUAAAUAAAAUGUUUACGCAAUUAGUUUUAUAGCUGUUAAAUAAAUUAUUUUCAAAAUCUAAUUGUUGAGAAGAUAAUUGAUAAAUGUUGGGACAAAAUGUAAUUGUUUUUCAACACCCAACUAAAUUAUUUUUCUAAAAUAUUUUUUCUUUCCACGUGUAAUGCUUUACAUUGUAUGUUUUCAUUUGGAAACCGUUAGUUUUAUGAGAAAGUUGUAGAAUACAAAACAGUUUCUAAAUCAAAGAUAACAUAUAAAAAUCCUUUUUUUAUGUCAUAGCAUAAGUUUUUCCUCAAAUUUAGGCAGGAGGAAUAAUUUGAGUAGUUUAAUUCCCCUCCACUCAUUUUAAAUAAAUAAGAUAAAAAAUAAAAACAUUAUUUUUACGCCAUAUUUGAUACCUCCCUAAUGGUCGACUCUUGAUCCAACGUUUUUAUAACAAACUUCCCUUUAUUUUAAACAAGGAAUCACCUUUGAAGUAUUAUAUAUUAUAUAAUCUAUCUAAAUAUUAUUGAACAGCCUCUACCCAAGAACGACCGAAGCAUUAUAUGUAUUUCAAAGUUAAGAAUAAAAAGAUGCUUUUUAUUUAUUUGUGCAUGUAAAAAGUAAGGCCCCAUGUAAUAGAAAAGUGUACAGUGGCGUCAUUAGUUCCCAAGCAAAACAUUGUCUUUUCUCUCAAUUGGUUCUGGCCAAGCUGUGUAGCUCUACAUUCCUACAAAUUAUAAUAAAUAAUAAAGGACUGGAAGGGGAUAAUAAUCAAAUAUUUUUUGCACCGAAGCUAAUAAUGUCACUGUAAUCUUUUUUAAUAAUUUUAGCAGAGGAAUGAAUCGAGUUGAUUGUAUAUGUUUGUAUGUGGAGUAGACAAAUCAUCAAAGUAAAUAAUGAGACAAACGAAAUAUAAGGGUUCUAUCCAAAAAUUAAAGUAAACUGAUAUUUUAAUUCUUCAUUCAUUCUAGGAAUUUAAUUAUUGAUGUUUGGUUACAAUUUUGUAUAAAUUAUUAGGUGCUUUCCCAAUUUCUAUUCGGAACAGGACAUAUUUUAUCACAGCAUGUGAUGCAACUUAAUAAUAAUUUUUAAUUAGUAAUGCACACCAGCAUAAGCAGUGAAGGCUUUAUUUCAUUUUUGUGGUAAUAAGCAAAGAAAUUAUUUAUAGUUAAUUACUAUGAGUGUAUGAUUAUAGAGACAGGUAUUUUUUCAAAAAUUUGAAAUAUUCCAAAUUCAAAAGCUGAUCAAAGAACGGAAGUUGUUUCAAGUUCUUACAAAGUUAAAUUGCUACUAAAUUAACAAUUAAGUAACUUGCAAUAAGAUAUUCAUAUAGGAAAGCGUCCGACGCUGGUAACUUGUGGAUACACCAUAUAACUAUACCUAGUAGCUAUAUGUGGUGCACUAUUCUAAAAAACUUAAACCUAACAUUCUGUUAAAUAAACAAACACAAAAACGAGCAACUAACAAAUUCUCUGUAUAAUCAGCGACUGUAGAAUAUUCGAGAAUUGUUGUAUGUGGGAUACACCUUGCGCAAAAGCAUUAUUUUAAAUUAGUGGGAAUCUAUUAACGGACACUUAUUUUGUUUUAGCUGUUAAUAAAAUUUUUUUUUUAUAUUUUUGUAAGAAUCGAAAUAUGAUACCUAAACAGUACUAGUCAUUAGUCAUAUCUAGAUUAGUAGUGAAAAACUUAAUUAUGUAGGUCUUAAUUUUACUGCAACCCAAUACAUUUUUUGAGCUCUAGUGGCACAAAACCGUAUAGUUAUAUUAGACCCUGUUAUACUGUCCAUUAAAUGUUAGAAAGAC